UUCCGGCGCAUGCGCACAAUCGCGCCACUGCAGCAACAGAAAAUUACGUCACCCAUUCAAAACACAGGCAAGCCCAGACACACACCGACCGACAGCUGGACAGGCGAUGCAGGGCUUACUUACCCGAGCCAGACGACCGGUGACCCGGACAAACUGAGCAGGCUGGGACGGUCGAGCACGAACAACACAUCAGCAAAAAGCUGCAGUUAUUCUUUUUUGCCUGUUUGUGAGCUGUUCUUGUUCCUCAGAUACACGCAUCUUCAAGGCUACCUGUCAAAGCAAUCUGACACGGAGGUUAUAUCGCUGCAGAGUUUUUGGACAUGACAAUGACUCUCGAGGAUGGUCUGACGACAGCAGCAGCGCUGGGAAAAACGGCAGCUGUGGCGUGUCUUCUUCGGAAAGGAGCUAAAGUUAACGGUGUGAACAGCUUUGGACGAACUGCUCUCCAGGUGAUGAUGAUGGGCAGCACGCAGGUGGCUCAGCUGUUACUGGAGCACGGAGCGGAUCCCAACGUGACGGACAGACACACCGGCGCCACACCGCUGCAUGACGCGGCCAGGACGGGUUUUCUGGACACUGCGCGGCUUCUGGUGGACUUCCUGGCUAACCCGCAUGCCAGGGACAACACAAACUAUCAGCCUAUUGACCUGGCCAGACAGAACGGUCAUGCAGAUGUGGUGGCUUACCUGGAGUCUUUGUAAAAAAAAACACUCUGACGCUGUGAUAUAUAGCUUGUUUGUUUUUUUUCAUGCUGCUUGUUUUGACGGGGACUCCAGGCUGAGAGAAACGGGGCCCGAAAAGGCCUGCAGCCUAAAUUACGCAAAGACUGUUUGCUGUAAUUUACUUUUAUUUAUUGGUCUGCUUUUUUUCCUGAAUGGAAACUAUUAUUUUAUUUUUUAACGAAAUCGGGGUUAUCAAUCGGCAUAUGGUCGCUGAUAUGUGAAAUAACAAAAGACAAUAUUGUUUUAAAGCCCGGUUACUCAGGCUGCUCAGCCUUUUACAGCCACUUUAUCCUGUUUUAUAGCCGUUUUAGCUUCCGUUGAAUCAUAGGAAUAUUAUUAUGAGCCUUAAAUAAAUCCUGGCGAACAGUUUUACUGUGGUAGCUAUUAUAGACUAUUAUAGACUCUUUUUUAAAAUAGGAUCAUGGUUCGUUUUCCCGGUCAAUCUAACGAGAUUACCGUAUUUUGAAUAUAUUUCCAUGUCCAAUAUUUAAACAAAUAACACAAAAACCAAUGAGAAUAUUCGCACAUAUGAACAUGUGUGUGUAAGUCAUUAAAUAACCGGUCAGCAUUAUCUUUGUUCCGUAGACUCUUUGCUGCACAAUUAUAUUCAGAUUUCGGAUAUUAUGCACUUUAAUAAAAUGUCAUUUCUUUAAGUUAUAGAUGGCAAAGCCAAAAACAAAUAUUUCACAUAUUGUCUGAAGGAUGAAUUACUGUUAAGGAAAAGAGAAUAAAAAAAACAACAACAAAUGA